AUGAGUGCUCAGGAGGUGCCUACCAAUCCUGCGCAGGAGCAGGUUGACACGGGGGAUGGAGUCCCAGAUGGCCCCACCGCUACCCCGACGACCGCCACCCUCGCUGUCCCGGUCACAAUAAAGAAGGAGCCUGGCACGCAGGGGGCCAGUAACGGGAAAGAUGUGCCUGCCGAGAUCUGCGUGGUCCUCGGUGGAGGAGGAAAGUCUCGCAAUGACCAGACCCAGGGCUCCUAUGUUUGUGGGAUAUGUGGGAAGAAAUACAAGUACUACAACUGCUUUCAGACGCACGUCCGUGCCCACAGAGAGUCCGACAGCAUGCCAGGGGAGGGUGCACCACCAGCUCCCAACAAAGAGAAGGACCGCCAUGAUGUCAUGGAAGAGGAGAAGGACCGCCAUGAUAUCAUGGAAGAAGAGAAGGACCGCCAUGAUGUCAUGGAAGAGGAGAAGGACCGCCAUGAUAUCAUGGAAGAGAAGGACCGCCAUGAUAUCAUGGAAGAGAAGGAACGCCAUGAUAUCAUGGAAGAGGAGAAGGACCGCCAUGAUAUCAUGGAAGAGGAGAAGGACCGCCAUGAUAUCAUGGAAGAGGAGAAGGACCGCCAUGAUAUCAUGGAAGAGGAGAAGGACCGCCAUGAUAUCAUGGAAGAAGAAGAAAAAAAGGUUGCUGACCCCUGGUAUAGCUUCCGCUACUCUUGUGACAUCUGCGGGAAGAAAUACAAGUACUACAGCUGCUUCCAGGAGCAUCGUGACCUGCAUGCUGUUGACGACCCAUAUGAGCAGGUGGUUCUAGGACCCGUGGAAGACCUCAAGGAGGAGCCGCCAGUGGAACCAUUCCAGAAAAUGGGACCAAAAACUGGGAGCUAUGUGUGUGAGUUCUGUGGGAAGCAGUACAAGUACUUCAACCCAUACCAGGAACAUGUGGCUCUUCACCAACCAACGAACAGUCCCUUCAGUCGGAAAAUAGAGAGCAAAACCCAGUCCAGCUUGGUGGACACCAACAGUUCCCAGAACUCAAGCGAACCCUACACAUGUGGCGCCUGUGGCAUCCCGUUCCAGUUCUACAACAACCUGCUGGAGCACAUGCAGUCCCACGCUGCGGAUAAUGAAAAGCAUACCAAAGGGGAGUCUCCAAAGACAUCACCGGGCCCAGCCUCACAGGACCAGUUAUGGAGGUCCCCCCAGACCCAGCAUCAGAGAAACCACUCCAUCAACCAGAACAGUGGUGGGUUACCGGAGAAGGAAAGGCAACAGGUAGCCGAGCGUCUCCUGAGGGUGAUGUGUACAGACCUGGGCGUGCUCAACAUGCUCAACAGCAAGGACUUCCUGAAGCUAGCCCAGACCCUGGUGGACACGGGUGCCCGCCACGGUGCCUACUCCACCCGUGACGCCCUGGGCAACAUGAGCUCUCUGGCCCUACGCCAGCUUCCCCGCAUGUACAACCAGGUCAAGGUGAAGGUGACUUGCGCCCUAGGCUCCAACUCCUACCUGGGCAUUGCCGUCACCUGCCACUCCCAGACAGUGGGACCUGAUGCCUGCCUAGUGCUGACAGCCUACCAGGUGGAGGGGUCCAGACUCAAGCGCUAUGUUUUAGGCGUCAAGGAGGCAGACCUGAGGGAGGGGCCAGAGCAGGUGCACCAGUGGACACAGAACGUGCUGUCGGAGUUCGUCAUGUCAGACAUCCGCACGGUGUACGUGACUGAGCCGCGGGUGGGGGUGGGGGGCUUGCCGCUGGGUGGAGGCGGGCGGAGGAGGGUGUGCCUGCGGUGCGCCGGGUGCUCGUUGGGUGCUGUGGUUCAAGCGGUGCUGGGGAAGCACAGCUUGCAGACAAGGGGGCUCCACGAGCUGGCUGAGCUGUUGGCUGCCUGCCACGACAUUGCCGCCUCCACCAGCCUCUUGUCCACCAGCGCCGCCACGGACGAGGGCAUGUCUAACCCCUCCACUCCCCCUGGGCUCAGCCCCACUCCUCCCUGCUGGGACCACAUGGCUGAGGCUCUCCUUCAGGUGCACUCCCACUUUGAGCAGAUCUUCGAGGCUUAUGGGAGGAGCAAGGCCACGGCUUCCACACUGCAGGGCCUCAACAAGCACCUUCUAGGGACGCUGACCUGCCUGCUGGCCCCUCUGCGCCUGGCCGCCCUGGAACUCAGCAGCCAGAGGAGGCCAACCCUGCAACAGGUCCUACCUGUCUACCUGCGCUUGGAGAAACUGUUCACCUCCAAGGCUGGGGAGGUGGGGACCUCCAGCAAGCUCUGCCAUUACUUUCUGGAAGCUCUUAAGGAGAACUUCAAGGUGGAGAAAGCCCACCAGGUAGCCAUGGUGCUGGACCCCCAGCUGAAGCUGCGUCCUGUCCCAGCCUACCAGCAAGAGGAGAUCAUCGCCCACGCCUGCGAGAUGGCCACAGAUGCCCACGACGGUGGGGGCUCCGGAGGUGAGGACGUGGAUGGACCCUCAACACUCAAACGGCUCCGCUUGGACGUCCCCAGGGGCGGGGCGUCGUCAGAUGAAAGCCAGACCCAGGUGAGACAGGAGGUGUUCCAGUAUCUGGCUGAACCGCUCCUCCAGGGUACCAACCCAGACCUCUUCCACUACUGGAGCACCACGGUGGGCGACCGCUACCCCAGACUGGCACGCCUGGCACUGUGGCUGCUGGCAGUGCCCGCUGUGGGCGUCCGCAGCGAGUGUGUGAGCGUCUGCGAACAGAGCUUGGCCAUGAAGAGGAGGCAGCAGGUCACCGCCGAGGAGAUGAACAAACUCAUCUUCCUGCGCUCCAACAUGGCCUGA